CAACAAGAGAUGAAGUGUUAAGUUUGAACACAACAGAAGCAUUUGGAGCAACAUCCAGAUUGUAAAUUUUUCAAGAAGACCGACUAAUUUUGCGUAUGACAUUUAGCACAACGUCAAUUCCAUUCAACACGAUGGCCAUGUGUGGUGCUGUCGGAAACCCCGCUUAUCAAAUACGUGCGCGCGACUGGCGGUUGGAGAGGAGGCCGCGUCAAUUGCCCUAGCUGUCAAUUCGCCAGUGUGCAAACCAAAAUAAACAAGAACCCCACUUAGGAACACUCCACAUUUGUUAUAUUGUGACAAUUUAAAUUUUCAGUUAUACUAGGCUUUGUGGAUCGCAUGACAGUGCACAAAGCGAGGUCCAUACUGAAAUGGUUUGUCGAGGUCGGUGUGGAAGAACUUGACUGGCCUGCACAGAGCCCUGACCUCAACCCCAUCGAACACCUUUGGGGUGGAUUGCCACGCUGACUGCGAGUUAGACUUAAACGCCCAACAUCAGUGCUCAAUCUCACUAAUGCUGUUGUUGUUGAAUGGAAGCAAGAACCCGCAGAAACUGUUCCAACAUCUAGUGGGAAGCCUUCCCAGAAGAGUGGAGGCUGUUUUGGCAGCAAAGGGGGGACAAACUCCAUAUUAAUACCCAUGAGAUGUUCGACGAGCAGGAGAAUGGCAGCUAAGGUGAAUGGCAGUUCAGCUCUGGUUAAAGAGGACGAGGAGCCCAUGGACAUAACUGUAACACACACAGAGCUUUACCAGACCCUCAUAGACGCAGGCCUUCCACAGAAAGUGGCGGAGAGCCUGGAUAAGAUAUUUCAGACUGGACUGGUGGCUUACACUGACCUGGACGAGAGAGCCAUUGACGCCCUCAGGGAGUUCAAUGAGGAGGGAGCCUUGUCAGUGUUACUGCAGUUCAAGGAGAGUGACCUGUCACAUGUGCAGAACAAAAGUGCGUUUCUCUGUGGCGUGAUGAAGACAUACAGACAGCGAGAAAAGCAAGGAAGUAAAGUUCAAGAAUCCACAAAGGGACCUGAUGAGACUAAGAUAAAGGCUCUUCUGGAAAGAACAGGUUACACUUUGGAUGUCACCACAGGACAGAGGAAGUAUGGGGGCCCUCCACCUGACGAGGUGUGCUCAAGGGCCCAGCCUGGAAUCGGAACAGAGGUAUUUGUCGGCAAGAUCCCCAGGGACCUGUAUGAGGAUGAGCUGGUCCCUCUGUUUGAGAAAGCCGGUCCUAUUUGGGACCUGCGUCUGAUGAUGGACCCCUUUCUCUCGGGUCAGAACAGAGGAUAUGCCUUCAUCACCUUCUGCAAUAAAGAUGCUGCCCUAGAGGCUGUCAAGCUUUGUGAUAAUUAUGAAAUCCGGUCAGGUAAAUACCUGGGUGUCUGCAUCUCUGUCGCAAACAAUCGUCUGUUUGUUGGGUCAAUUCCAAAGAACAAGACAAGAGAAAGCAUAUUGGAAGAUUUCAGCAAAGUCACAGAGAGCCUCAUGGAGGUGAUACUCUACCACCAGCCAGAUGACAAAAAGAAAAAUCGUGGCUUCUGUUUCUUGGAAUACGAGGACCACAAGUCUGCAGCCCAGGCCCGUCGGCGCCUCAUGAGUGGCAAGGUGAAGGUGUGGGGGAACCCUGUUACUGUUGAGUGGGCAGACCCAGUAGACAAACCGGAUCCAGAGAUUAUGGCAAAGGUAAAAGUGCUGUUUGUGAGGAACCUGGCCACACCAGUCACAGAGGAACUCCUGGAGAAAACCUUCUCCCAGUUUGGGAAGUUGGAACGGGUCAAGAAGCUGAAAGAUUAUGCCUUUGUGCACUUUGAGGACAGAGAUGCUGCCGUGAAGGCAAUGCAAGAAAUGAACGGCAAACAAUUGGAAGGCGAGGAGAUAGAGAUUGUUCUGGCAAAGCCUCCGGACAAGAAGAGGAAAGAGCGGCAGGCCCAGAGACAGCCAUCCAGGACCACAGGGUAUGAUGAUUACUACUACUACUAUCCUGCUCCACGCAUGCCACCUCAAAUGCGUGGCAGGGGGAGAGGCGGGAGAGGUGGAUAUUCAUACCCACCGGACUACUACGGUUAUGAGGAUUACUACGAUGAUUACUACAGUGGUGGUUACGACUACCAUGACUACAGAGGUGGCUACGACGACCCUUACUACGGUGGUUACGAUGACGUCUACGUGCCGAGAGGAAGGGGCAGGGUGAAUCGAGGUGCCCCCCUCCCUGCCAGAGGCCGAGGACCACCACCCCCUCGUGGCAGAGGUGGCUACGUCCAAAGGGGGGCUCCUAUGGGCGUACAGAGGGGGAGCCGUGGGGGCCGGGGAGGCCCGCCCCAGCUGCAGAGGGGCCGCGGCAUCAGAGGGGCCAGGGGGAACCGUGGGGGCAACGUGGGCGGAAAGAGGAAGGCUGACGGUUACAACCAACCAGACUCCAAGCGCCGGCAGACCAACAACCAGAACUGGGGCUCCCAACCCAUUGCCCAGCAACCCCUGCAACAAGGUGGCGACUAUUCUGGUGAAGACGCGAGAACGGCAGCGGUUGAGUGAGUGUGGAACACAUCUAUUCUCUGCUGUGUUCUUCCCCAAAGAAGGGGUGCGUGUCAGAGGUGGCCCCGACCCAGUCUUGUCACGAUGUGGACUUGCUAGGUGGGGCUCGCAGUCAGAGGCAGCUGUGAGGACUAUGGGGGUAAGUUUAGGACGUUUUCUUCCGAAACCGUUCUCUUUCACUGUUUUUCUUACACUUCCCAUUAUUCAGGUUUCACCAAAUUCCUGUGGGGAUUAAGAUCCUGAAAGCAGAAGUCAGUUUCUGGUUGAGGUAAGAGAGAAAAGUAUCCCUUAACCCUUUACAAGUAUACGGGUUGAAAAUGGCAGUAAUGGGCACUGAUAAGCGCUUAAAUUGGAAUGCAGUGGCUGUACAGUAACAUGCUAUAAAUGACGUCAGAGCACAGGCUCUGCGCUUCACAGCGCUGUGUGGGUUUUGACUGACAGCCUUUCUGAGCUUGAGCACCGCAUGCGACAAGACAUUAUAAUAAAUACUGCUUUGAUGUCAUACAAGCAAGCCAAAUACCUGUAAGUCCAAAUGUGCAUUUCCAUAUCAUAAAACUCAUGUCAUAUACAGUGUCAACAUUUAUGAUGACUGUUUGUACAGUUACAAGAUGACAUAGUGUCAUACCCUGGGUUGUUCUGAACAGAUGGAGCCUAUGUUUGUCUAUUGUGAAGAAAAUCUCGCCUGAAUGCACCUCAUGACUCCUUUCUAUGCGCACCAAAAUUACAAUCUGUUUCUCUGAAUUGCUUUGUGAAAGCCUAACACUGUAAGAUCAUAUUUUACAACUUAGCUAGUCAUGUUGGCAAUAAAACCAGCAUUUAACAAGCCCACCUGACCCGGAUUGCAAUUUAUAAUGUGCUGUUUUUGGGUUGCAUAAACAACAACAGUAAUUGUGUGAUUGCUGGGUUGUCUUCCAAACAAAACAACUACAAGUGUGCUUGGCCUAGUUCCUCAACAGCACAGCUAGGAGAGCUAAAGAAAAACCUGAACACCAGUUAGUCCUCUCAUUCAAACCCUUAUAUUGCACCUAACCCACAUUUUCCAGGAAUAUUCUUAUGUUAGUAAUGGAUCCAGACUAUUUAAGAUUUCGUUAUCAACAAGUGCAGCAAAAAGUACAGCAAAUGUCAAAUGCACGUUAUAAGACCCAAGUUGAGGACAAAACAGUUCACCUGACACAAGACUGAAUCCAAACAUUACACUGUUUGAUUUACAGUGCAUUCGGAAAGUAUUCAGACCCCUUGACUUUUUCCACAUUUUAUUACGUUACAGCCUUUUUCUUAAAUGUAUUAAAUCGUUUUUUUCCCCUCAUAAAUUUACACACUACCUCAUAAUGACAAAGCAAAAACAGGUUUUUAGAAUUGUUUGCAAAAUUUCUUUUUUUUUACUGAAAUCACAUUUACAUAAGUAUUUAGACCCUUUACUCAGUACUUUGUUGAAGCAUCUUUGGCAGUGAUUACAGCCGUGAGUCUUCUUGGGUAUGACGCUACAAGCUUGGCACACCUGUAUUUGGGGAAGUUUCUUCAAUUCCUUUCUGCAGAUUCUCUCAAGCUCUAUCAGGUUGGAUGGGGAAAAAUUAUGUAUUCACCUUAUUUGUUGGAUAUGUAAAAAAUUAUUUACUUAACAAACAGUAUGAUAUUUCCAUCCUGCUAAUUCUAUGUUUUAUGGUCCCCACUCUAGCACCCUGCAGCUAGUCGGUGUUGAGGACAUGGGUUUUUACUAGAGAUAGCUUGAAACUGACAAAUGAUUGAUGUUGGUGAUAAAAACCUAAAAGCUGGCAUUCUAUAGACAAGAUGUGGUGUGUGUGUGAUCCGAGAGAGUGAUAGCCUAGAAGAGUUUAUAACAAUGCCUCAUUGUCUCAUCUUCCUGGCAUCUGGGAAACUAAGCCAGGUUGGGGGUAAAACACCAUCCUGUGUAGAUAACCAAGGUGGCUUAUGGGAGAUGGAACCAUUGUGACGAAGCAUUUGUAGGUCCUAUAUAAUAUCAGUUUUGUUCAUUUUCAGUUAGGCUCUCAGCCUAACAGUCAGAACAAGUGUUGGGGUGACGGUUUCAUUAUUGCAAUAAUUAAUCAAUAUUAAUAAAGAUGAUUGUUUGAAGAAAUGAUCAUGUCUCUCUCAGUCCUGAAUUUCCAUGACACGCUGCAUAGCUAUUUUCAGGUCUCUCCAGAAAUGUUAAAGUCCGGGCUCUGGCUGGGCCACUCAAGGACAUUCAGAGACUUGUCCUGUUGGAAGGUGAACCUUCGCACCAGUCUUGAGGUCCUGAGCGCUCUGGAGCAGGUUUUCAUCAAGGAUCUUGCUGUACUUUGCUCUGUUCAUCUUUCCCUUGAUCCUGACUAGUGUCGCAGUCCCUGCCUCUGAAAAACACCCCCACACCAUGCUUCACCGUAGGGAUUUGUGCCAGGUUUCCUCCAGACGUGAUGCUUGGCAUUCAGGCCAAAGAGUUCAAUCUUGGUUUCAUCAGAUCAGAGAAUCUUGUUUGUAAUGGUCUGAGAGUCCUUUAUGUGCAACAACUCCAAGUGGGCUGUCAUGUGCCUUUUUACUGAGGAGUGCUGCAGAGAUGGCUGUCAUUGAGUUUGGACGGGCGGCAUCUCAAGGAUUAUCAAUAGAAAAAGGAUGCACCUGAGCUAAAUUUCGAGUCAUAGCAAAGGUCUGAAAACCUACUUUUUUUUAUACAUUUGCUAAAAUUAUAAAAACCUGUUUUCGCUUUGUCAUUAUGGGGUAUUGUGUGUAGAUUGAUGAGAAAAAGCAUUAAUUUAAUCAAUUUUAGAAUAAGCCUGUAAUGUAACAAAAUGUGGAAAAAGGGAAAGGGUCUGAAUACUUCCCGAAUGCACUGUAAAUUAAACAGUGUAAUGUUUGGAUUCAGUCUUGUGUCAGGUGAACUGUUUUGUCCUCAACUUGGGUCUUAUAAUUUUCCCAUAAUCUCCAAAAUGUUCCCUUUCAAUUGCUACAAUGCGUAUGCAUAUGCUUUUCAUAAACAGUUACAUAUUAGACAGAAACAGUUACAUUUAGCCCUGUCCAUAUUGGCCAAUUUCCACAAGUGUAAAGGGUAGAUAAGUUCACUUUGGAGUUGGGAGAAUGUUUGAGCUACUCGUAGAAAGAAUACAGUCACCCCCCUCCAAAAAAGUCCCUUAUGUUCUUUAUCAAAAGCCUUAAUUUACAGAAACCUACACUAAACACCUAACAUUCACUGCUUUUAUCAAAUGUAAUGUAUCAUAAGGAUUGGCAAUUGUCAAGCAAUGCAUUUUAGAAGGGAAAAUAAGAGCUCUGUAAAAACAAAAAGACCUCAUUGUACUCUAAAUGUGUUGGGUUUGAGCUUACUCCAAUACCCACUGCACAUCAGCUACCAAUGUUGGGAGUUAUUACUUUUUUUCUCCUCUUUGGGGUUAAAUUUAUCAUUACAUGAUUUCAAUCCCAUGCCCCUUAGGUAAUUGAAGAUUGAUUCAUUAACAUGACUUCACUUGGCCACUUAAAAUGGAAUUGAGAGAGAAAAACAAUCUUAGUUUUGCAAUUAGCAAAUUCAUAGCUCCAUUCAUAUUAUGUUAGCCAUAGGCAUUUUCCUUUUUACUGCCGUAAAAGGUUUCACAUUCAAAAGACCAUGCAUGGAAUUUGUGCAUGUAGAUCAGAUUAGUAUGUUGGAGCCAUUAUCAGUUUUAAUCACUUGUGUUUUAGAAAUUAUUUCAAUUAUGACUUGCAUGGUUUUCAUAAAUCCUAUUGCAUUAAUAAAAGCUCUUUAAAUGUAGAUUAGGAAUUUAAGUCAGCACUGUUGAUGCAGAUCCAGAACAUGGACCGAUCAGAUGCUUUAAAGCCCGUUCUAGACCACAGAGAUUGGUACACAUUGACUCCUGUACAGUGAGUGUAUAAAAUAUUAGGAACACCUUCCUAAUAUUGCGUAAUACCCCCCUUUGCCCUCAGAACAGCCUUAAUUCGUCAGGUGUGGACUCUUCAAGGUGUUAAAAGCGUUCCACAGGGAUGCAUGUUGACUUCAAUGCUUCCCAUAGUUGUGUCACGUUGGCUGGAUGUCCUUUGGGUGGUGGACCAUUCUUGACACACACGGGAAACUGUUGAGCGUGAAAAACCCAGCAGCGUUGCAGUUCACAACACAAACUGGUGUGCCUGGCACCUACAACCAUACCCCUUUGAAAGCACCUAAAUAUUUUGUCUUGCCCAUUCACCCUCUGAAUGGUACACAAUCCAUGUCUCAAUCUUCUCAAGGCUUAAAAAUCCUUUAAUCCUUCUCCUCCCCUUCAUCUACACUGAUUGAAGUAGAUUUAACAAGUGACAUCAUUAAGGGAUAAUAUCUUUCACCUGGAUUGACAUGGUCACUCUAUGUAAUGGAAAGAGCAAUGUGUUCCUAAUGUUUUAUACACUCAGUGUAUAUACAGUACAUUCAGAAAGUAAUCACAGCCCUUUACUUUUUCCACAUUUUGUUGUGUUCCAGCCUGAAUUUAUAAUGCCAUCUUUAAUUAAUCUACUUUAUUAUGUUCGUUUUCCGACCAUGCAAAAUAUAGCCUCAUCCAAUAUUUUUUACUAGGGGUGCACAUACUGUUAAGUGUUGAGGUUUGCAAGCGUGAUUGAAUGAAAAGAGAUGAUAGUACUUUUGUAAUCGUUUAUCUUUCUUCCCAUGAAUCUUGCCAAUUUCAUUGGUUGGCAAAUUUCCUUUGUGAAUAUGUUGACCUGAUUUAUUCAGUAGUCACAAAGUAGAGUUUGAGAGGAGCAGUGGUGUAAAAGUACUUGAAAGUACUACUAAGUAGUUUUUUGGGGUAUUUGUACAUUACUUUACUAUUUAUAUUUGUACAACUUUUACCUCACAACAUUCCUAAAGAAAAUCAUGUACUUUUUACUCCAUAUAUUUUCACAGACACCCAAAGUACUUGUUACAUUUGGAAUGCUUUGCAGGACAGGAACACUGUGUAAUUCACACACUUCUCAAGAGAACAUCCCUGGUCAUACAGUGGCUUGCGAAAGUAUUCACCCCCCUUGGCAUUUUUUUCUAUUUUGUUGCCUUACAACCUGCAAUUAAAAUACAUUUUUUGGGGGGUUUGUAUCAUUUGAUUUACACAACAUGGCUACCUCUUUGAAGAUGCAAAAUAUGUUUUAUUGUGAAACAAAGAAGAAAUAAGACAAAAAAACUGAAGAAAAAACUAAACAGAAAGCGUGCAUAACUAUUCACCCCCCCAAAGUCAAUACAUUGUAGAGACAAUUUUUGCAGCAAUUACAGCUGCAAGUCUCUUGCGGUAUGUCUCUAUAAGCUCUAGCCACUGGGAUAUUUGCCCAUUCUUCAAGGCAAUACUGCUCCAGCUCUUUCAAGUUGGAUGGGUUCCGCUGGUGUACAGCAAUCAUUAAGUCAUACCAUAUAUUCUCAAUUGAAUUGAAGUCUAGUCUUUGACGAGGCCAUUCCAAGACAUUUAAAUGUUUCUCCUUAAACCACUCGAGUGUUGCUUUAGCAGUAUGCUUAAGGUCAUUGUCCUGCUAGAAGGUGAACCUCUGUCCCAGUCUCAAAUCUCUGGCAGAAUGAAACCGGUUUCUCUCAAGAAUUUCCCUGUAUUUAGCGCCAUCCACCAUUCCUUCAAUUCUGACCAGUUUCCCAGUCCUUGCUGAUGAAAAACAUUCCCACAACAUGAUGCUACCACCUCCAUGCUUCACUGUGGGAAUGGUGUUCUCGGGGUGAUGGAGGUGUUGGGUUUGCGGCAGACAUAGCAUUUUCCUUGAUGGCCAAAAAUCUCAAUUUUAGUCUCAUGUGACCAGAGUACCUUCUUCCAUAUGUUUGGGUAGUCUCCCACAUGCCUUUUGGCGAACACAAUGUGUUUGCUUAUUUUCUUCUUUAAGCAAUGGCUUUUUUCUGGCCACUCUUCUGUAAAGCCCAGCUCUGUGGAGUGUAUUGCUUAAAGUGGUCCUAUCUCUGCUUUGAAGCUCCUUCAGGAUUUUCUUUGGUCUCUUUGUUGCCUCUGAUUUAAUGCCCUCCUUGCCUGGUCUGUGCGUUUUGGUGGGCGGCCCUCUCUUGGCAGGUUUGUUGGGGUGCCAUAUUCUUUACAUUUUUUUAAUAAUGGAUUUAAUGGUGCUCCGUGGGAUGUUCAAAGUUUCUGAUAUUUUUUUAUAACCCAACCCUGAUCUGUACUUCACCACAACUUUGUCCAUGACCUGUUUGGAGAGCUCCUUGGUCUUCAUGGUGCCCCUUGCUUAGUGGUGUUGCAGACUCUAGGGCCUUCCAGAACAGUUGUAUAUAUACUUAGAUCAUGUGACAGAUCACGUGACACUUAAAGUCCACCUGUGUGCAAUCAUGUAACCUCUGAAGGUAAUUGGUUGCACCAGAUCUUGUUUAGGGUCUUCAUAACAAGGGGUUAAAUACAGUUGAAGUUGUAAGUUUACAUACACCUUAGCCAAAUACAUUUCAACUCAGUUUUUCACAAUUCCUGACAUUUAAUCCUAGUAAAAUUUCCCUGUCUUAGGUCAGUUAUGAUCACCACUUUUUCAAAAUAAUAGUAGAGUGAUUUAUUUCAGCUUUGAUUUCUUUCAUCACAUUCCCAGUGGGCCAGAAGUUUACAUACACUCAAUUAGUAUUUUGUAUCAUUGUCUUUAAAUUGUUUAACUUGGGUUAAAUGUUUCUGGUAGCCUUCCACAAGCUUCCCACAAUAAGUUGGGUGAAUUUUGGCCCAUUCCUCCUGACAGAGCUGGUGUAACGGAGUCAGGUUUGUAGGCCCCCUUGCUUGCACACGCUUUUUCAGUUCUUCCCACAAAUGUUCAAUAGGAUUGAGGUCAGGGCUUUGUGAUGGCCACUCCAAUACCUUGACUUUGUUGUCCUUAAGCCAUUUUGCUACAACUUUGGAAGUGCUUGGGGUCAUUGUCCAUUUGGGAGACCCAUUUGCGACCAAGUUUUAACUUCUUGACUUAUGUCUUGAGAUGUUGCUUCAAUAUAGCCACAUAAUUUUCCUGCCUCAUGAUGCCAUCUAUUUUGUGAAGUGCACCAGUCCCUCCUGCAGCAAAGCACCCCCACAACAUGAUGCUGCCACCCCCGUGCUUCACGGUUGGGAUGGUGUUCUUCGGCUUGCAAUCCUCACCCUUUGUCCUCCAAACAUAACGAUGGUCAUUAUGGCCAAACAGUUCUAUUUUUGUUUCAUCAGACAUUUCUACAAAAAGUACCCUCUUUGUCCCCAUAUGGCAGUUUUGGAGCAGUGGUUUCUUCCUUGCUGAGCAGCCUUUCAGGUUAUGUCGAUAUAGGACUCGUUUUACUGUGGAUAUAGAUACUUUUGUACCUGCUUCCAGCAGCAUCUUCACAAGAUCCUUUGCUGUUGUUCUGGGAUUGAUUUGCACUUUUCGCACCAAAGUAUAGUCAUCUCUAGGAGACAGGACACAUCUCCUUCCUGAGUGGUAUGACGACUAUGCGGUCCCAUGGUGUUUAUACUUGUGCACUAUUGUUUGUACAGAUGAACGUGGUAUCUUCAUGCAUUUGGAAAUUGCUCCCAAGGAUGAACCAGACUUGUUGAGGUCUGCAUUUUUUUCUGAGGUCUUGGCUGAUUUCUUUUGAUUUUCUCAUGAUGUCAACUAGAGGCACUGAGUUUGAAGGUCAGCUUUGAAAUACAUCAACAGGUACACCUCCAAUUGACUCGGACUAAUUGACAUCAUUUAUCAGAAGCUUUUAAAGCCAUGACAUAAUUUUCUGCAAUUUCCAGUUUCCAAUUUCCAGUCUGUUUAAAGGCACUGUCAACUUAGUGUAUGUAAACAUCUGUCCCACUGAAAUUGUGAUACAAUGAAGUAUAAGUUUAAUAAUCUGUCUGUAAACAAUUGUUGGAAAAAUUACUUGUGUCAUGCACAAAGUAGAUGUCCUUACCGACUUUCCAAAACUAUAGUUUGUUAACAAGAAAUUUGUGGAGGAGUCGAAAAAUAAAUAAUAAAUCAUUUUGAUUUCACUUCACCAAUUUGUACUAUUUUGUGCAUGUCCAUUACAUGAAAUCCAAAUAAAAAUCGAUUUAAAUUACAGUUUGUAAUGUAACAAAAUAGGAAAAACGCCAAGGGGGAUGAAUACUUUUGCAAGGCACUGUACCUACUGCCUCUGAUCUGGCGGACUCACUAAAUACAUGAUUUGUUUGUAAAUGAUGUCAGUGUUGGACUGUGCCCCGCCUUGCUAUCCGUAAAUAAAUGUUAAAAAUUGUGCCUUCUGGUUUGCUUUAUGUUUUAUCAAUUACAUUUACUUUUGAAAGUUAAGUAUAUUUAAAACCAAAUAAUUUUAGACUUUUACUCAAGUAGAAUUUUACUGGGUGACUUGAGCUUUUACUUGAGUCAUUUUCUAUUAAGUUAUCUUUACUUUUACUCAAGUAUGAUAAUUGGGUACUUUUUCUGCGACAGGAGAUGAGAUGUAUUCAUUUUUUCAUUCAUCAUUCAUUAAGUCAUUCAUCAAUAAAACAUGUUUUUAACUGUC